AUGUCCAAGUCUAAGCAGCAGGAGGCACAGGAUCUAUUGAAUGAUUUGGACUCUCUCGGGGCACCUCCGCCAGUCAAUCGGAAGAGCGGUAGUUCUCCUGCCCCACCAUCAGCUGGGGUCAGCGGAGAAGGAGCAGAGGCUCUGGCCUUUCUGGAUGAAAUAACUCAAAAGAGCUCGGAGCCGACAAAGUCUACCCCUGCACCCGUUGCCAAACCUACUGAACGAAUCCGCCUGUCUGUUACAAGCAACCCUCGCCGUAGUGUCGACUCAUCGCGCGCAGGAACUCCAGUAUCUCGUAUAGCAUCGACGGCCACGCCGCCUCCUAACGCAUCGACAAGUCAAACGGCUACUACCGAGGAAAAUGCUCCGGCUGCUAGAACAGUAGUCGAAGAGCAAGCAAAACAUCUUCCGCCUAUUCCGCCAGCCGCUGCUGCUCGCGGGGAACUGGCCAGGAAAUGGGGCGAGGGCAUGAUGGAGUAUGUCAAGAAUGCCCAAAUUGAUAAAAUAAGUCAAGACCUCAGGAAUGUAUCGCUUUCGACGCUUACUGAAAUCAUGAAUGUGGUUGCACCUCCCAUCUCUGAGCACGAGGUUAUCCAGGUCUGGCUUAGUCAUGAUAUGCAGGGAUACGACGGAAUAGAAUCUCUCGUAUACCGCUCGCUCGCAAAGAUCAUGGAUCAAGUUGAAGGAGGCGAUCUUACUGUAAACCGAGGCAACGAGACCCGCCAGAAGGAAGGGUCGACUGAUCGUGAAUUAAAUGCCCUCCACAGCUAUGAAGAAGCUAUCAAAUUAGCUGAGGCUGAAAUAGCGGAAAUGGUGAAGGUUCGCGCGGCACAGCCAACCACCUCGGAGCCCAAAUCUCCAACUCUACAAAAUCCAACAACUUACUCCACCGUCUAUAUUCGCGUACAGCCCUUCUUCUCGCCUGAACUGCCCACAAAAAUCCCAAGCCUUCCUGGAGCUGAGAAUCCUGCUGUGCCUCCAACUCCCAAGGCUGAACAGCAGCAACUCCAGUUCUUGCUUUACCUUGUUGACCCUGCCCAUGAACUGGCGCACGCCACUGUAACACAAGGUGUAUCUGCGGGUUGGCUCGGAAUGUGGGAUGCACACGAGUGGAUAGAGACUACUGUUGUCGAAGUGCUGAGAGUCGGCGUGGAGGUGUUAGGGCAGCAUUAUGUUGCGGAUAGGAUGGGAUACGCAAAAAGAGCAGAGCUUGAAGCCUUGGUGUCAGAAAAAAGCGGAUGA